AUGUUGCUCAUUAGAAAAAUAGAACCCAACCGAGAACAUUUUCGCGCCAUAAUUUAUUACAACUUUCAGAGACAAUUAUCGCAACAAGAAUGCCUUGCUGAGUUACUGUCUGUUUUCGGCAACGAAGCGCCACAUCAGUCGACAAUUAUUACCCGUUGGUAUGGAGAAUUCAAACGUGGACGUAGCGACGAUUCCAGGGUGGGUGCACCAAAAACGGCAGUCACCCAGGAAAACAUCGAUGCUCUGCGCAAACUCAUCAUUGAAGGUAGACAUGUGACAUAUCGCGAGAUUGAGGCGUCCUUGAAGAUCUCAAAGACCUCAAUUCAAAAAAUUUUACAUGAAAUGGUCGCGACAUUUGUGUCAAAAGCGGGUCAUAUUGCAACAAUUCCUCGUAAUGAGCAAAGAACUGUUACUGCGGAUUGGUAUACCACCAUUUGUUUGCCAAAAGUCAUCACUCAGCUUCGAAAAAUCAACCCCGAAAGAAGAAUCAUCCUCCACCAAGACAAUGCAAGCUCGCACACAGCCCAAAGAACAAGGCAGUAUUUAACGGAAGAAAACGUGGAAUUAUUGGACCAUCCUCCAUAUAGUCCCGAUCUAAGUCCUAACGAUUUGUUUACUUUCCCGAAAAUUAAAAACAGACUGAGUGGUCAAAAGUUCCAGUCACCAGAAGACGCGUUCAAAAAUGCCGUUUUGGAUCUGCCAGCAAUUCUAAAAGCAUCGUCAAACUGGCAUUGA